CCGUAAGAGACGCUGCGACGGGCAGGUACCAUCAUGCAGCAAUUGUGCUUCGCAAGGCUCAGAAUGCACCUACGCAGCGUUCCGCAGAAUGAGAGGACCAGCUAAACGGCCUGCUAAGACUUGUGCGGAGACAGUAUCGAGUCAAAGAAGAAAGACCGGACUCGACUCGGAACCAACUUCUCAUCAGGAAUUUGAAACUCCUUCCGCUUGUAAAAGCACUGUAAAACUCAGAGCUACAGCCGAAUCUCAGCCUGAGCGGUCAUCCUGUUCUGGGGAAGAAGUUACCUUCGAUCUCUCAGAAAGAAUGCGGUAUUGGGGAUUCCCAGAAUUUUUGCUCCCUGGAAAAUUUGGUUGCUAUUUAAAGGGAAUCCAAAAAGCCGCAUCAUCGAAAGCACUUGAGAUGGCAACGCCGCUCUUGCCGUUUCCAAUUGUAAGCGUCCUUGUGCCUCGCUGCUUUGAGGACAUUAUGGCCGGACACAAGGUGCUUGAACUCCCAGAAUUCAUGGAGUAUCUUGAUGCACAAUACAGAGCCAACACUACAGAGCCUGCUGGUGAAUACGCAAGGUGGAGUCUUGUCAACGCGGUUCUUGGUUUGGCUGUACGAUCCAAAAUAGCCCCUGGGUCAGAGAAAUCACUGGGCAGUAUUCCGGAUGAAUGCUACAAAAAUGCUACGUUGGUGCUUCAUCGGCUCAUCUUCGAGCCAGCGAGUUUGCUGUCCAUACAGGCCUUGUUGGUCAUGGCUAUCUACGCGAAAGGGGUUCCAGACUCGCAAGCCUUUGUUAUGCUUGUUACCAUUGCAUCAAGACAAUUUGAACUGAUAAAGUUAGGCCUGAUGACCGUCGGUGUAACCGGUGGUGUCAGCCAAGAGAAGAACUCGUACGACUUGAUUCGAGAGAUUAUACACAAAUUCAGUGUUCUCGUUGACAGCAUCUGCGGAGCAAGAACGCUAAGUUGA